AUGUCGGUGGCUCAGCUUGCAGAGCUCCCUGAACCCGCCAACAUUCUUGUAAGACUCGAGGAGUUGCAGGUAAACCCAGCCACAAAUAGCAACCCAAGAGCCGAGGACUGCCAAAACCAAGCCAAGGUGGAGGAACGGAGGUGGAGGAGCCAGGUGAGAAGACGCCAGACGAAGGAGGCUUCCCAGGAUCCUCCGGGUUUUAUCAACCUUUUGGGUAUCCUGGAACCCCCACCUCCUCUUCCACCCUCUGCUCCCCACAAACCAGUGAACAAGCCCUUCCAUUGUACUGAAUGCGGAAAGAGCUUCUCGCAGAGCUCGGUGCUCAUUGAGCACCAGAGGAUCCAUACUGGGGAGAGGCCCUUUGUGUGCAAUGUCUGCGGAAAAUGCUUCUCCCAAAGCUCCACCCUGAUGGGCCACCAGAGGAUCCACACAGGCGAGAAGCCCUUUGCCUGCCCCGAAUGCGGGCGGGGCUUCAGCCGCAGCUCCGCCCUGACGGAGCACCAGCGCACCCACACGGGAGAGACCCCCUUCCCCUGCCGGGAGUGCGGGAAGGCCUUCAGCCGCACCUCCAAACUGGUCAAGCACUUGCCCACCCACUCAGGCGAGAAGCCAUACGCCUGCGCCCUCUGCGGGAAGCGCUUCUCCCUCAGCUCCAACCUGCUGAAGCACGAGCGCACCCACUCGGGGGAGAAGCCCUUCCCCUGCCCCCUCUGCGGGAAGCGCUUCAAGAAGAAGACCCACCUGGUGUCGCACCAUCGCGUCCAUACCGGGGAGCGGCCCUACCGGUGCGAGGAGUGCGGGAAGUGCUUCUCCCAGAGCUCGUCUCUGAUCGAGCACCAGCGGAUCCACACUGGGGAGAAGCCCUACAAAUGUGCAGACUGCGGGAAGAGCUUCUGUAUGAAUUCAAACCUCACCAAGCGCCAGAGGAUCCACACAGGCGAAAAACCAUACGCCUGCUUGGCCUGUGGGAACGCCUUCCAUUACAAGCCCCAUCAGAUGGACCCAGAAGGGGAGGGGCUGGGACCAGCAUUACCGAUUUGCAACCCACAAGAUUGUUGUAACUGUCUAGUGUUUUGCGACUGCUCUUGUUUCUGCCUUGGGAAAAGAAAAGUGUGGAGAUUUUGCGAAAUCCAUUUUCUAGGAUACAAGGACGCUCCCGAGAUGGAAGGGAAGCAUUUAGAAGGGACGGAGGAAAGGGAGGAAUCCAGAGACAAAGCUGUUGAGGCUGGAAGUCAGGAUGAGACAGAAGGCAUCAAGAAUGAAGCACCAGAAGGAAGGCUAGAGAUGCGGGACCUGGAAGCGACUCUGAGCCUGGGGCCGAGAGAAGCGGUGCCAGGGAGCAAGGAGGGAGACAGAAGACAAAGGGGGCUUCAUAAUGGCGGUGGGGAAAAGCUAGCAGAGCCGCAGGUCCCAAAUAGCAACCCAAGAGCCGAGGACUGCCAAAACCAAGCCAAGGUGGAGGAACGGAGGUGGAGGAGCCAGGUGAGAAGACGCCAGACGAAGGAGGCUUCCCAGGAUCCUCCGGGUUUUAUCAACCUUUUGGGUAUCCUGGAACCCCCACCUCCUCUUCCACCCUCCGCUCCCCACAAACCAGUGAACAAGCCCUUCCAUUGUACUGAAUGCGGAAAGAGCUUCUCGCAGAGCUCGGUGCUCAUUGAGCACCAGAGGAUCCAUACUGGGGAGAGGCCCUUUGUGUGCAAUGUCUGCGGAAAAUGCUUCUCCCAAAGCUCCACCCUGAUGGGCCACCAGAGGAUCCACACAGGCGAGAAGCCCUUUGCCUGCCCCGAAUGCGGGCGGGGCUUCAGCCGCAGCUCCGCCCUGACGGAGCACCAGCGCACCCACACGGGAGAGACCCCCUUCCCCUGCCGGGAGUGCGGGAAGGCCUUCAGCCGCACCUCCAACCUGGUCAAGCACUUGCGCACCCACUCAGGCGAGAAGCCAUACGCCUGCGCCCUCUGCGGGAAGCGCUUCUCCCUCAGCUCCAACCUGCUGAAGCACGAGCGCACCCACUCGGGGGAGAAGCCCUUCCCCUGCCCCCUCUGCGGGAAGCGCUUCAAGAAGAAGACCCACCUGGUGUCGCACCAUCGCGUCCAUACCGGGGAGCGGCCCUACCGGUGCGAGGAGUGCGGGAAGUGCUUCUCCCAGAGCUCGUCUCUGAUCGAGCACCAGCGGAUCCACACUGGGGAGAAGCCCUACAAGUGUCCACAGUGUGGCCGAGGCUUCUAUGUCAAUUCCAAACUGGUCAAACAUCAGAGAAUCCACACAGGUGAGAAGCCAUACGCCUGCUCGGCCUGUGGGAAAACUUUCCGAUACAAGCAGCAGUUUCCCCGUCACCUGGCGCACGUCCACCCGGGGGAAGAUCAGGUUUCGGUGCUCAGCUUGGGUACCAGUGUUAAUAUGCUGCUCUCCUAGGGUGUACCCCAGUGCCUGGUGUCUGGCCUUUAGGCCCCACGGGGCUAGUUGCAGUUGGAGGCAGAACUGUUGCCAAAUAUGGUUGAUCCCUAGAAUAGCAUCUUUUGCUGAAUGAUUAAGCCAGUUUCUGAGAUGGCUCAGAGACAUAUUUCUACCUUAGUGACAGUCACGGUUGGCCUACUUCAUGAUGCUACCUUUAUCCUCAUUUAGAGGAGCUACUUCCCAAAAUUACAGAGUUUUCUUUUAUUGGUUUAUGCCAGUGUUUGUCA